AUGUACGCGGGUGCGUGGUGGCUGUUACCCGCAUCUUCUCACUGGCAACGCGACGUUCUAUCCCCUCAAAUCCAACUUCCCCAGGGUUUUGUCACAGGUCUUAGUGCGCCCCAAUUCUGUCAGGAUUAUUUCCUGGGCAUUCCGUACGCUCAGCCUCCAUUGGGCAAGUUGAGGUUUGCGAAGCCCCAACCACUGGGACCGAAUCCGAGUCAUAAGGUAGACGCUACCCAGUACGGAAAAGCAUGUUUUCAACCGCUUAAUACCACCCCGAUCAUAACAGCUUCUGACUUGUCAGAAGAUUGUCUUUUUGUCAAUGUCUUUCGACCCUCGAACUUGCCCCAUGGUGCGAAACUUCCUGUGAUGGUUUGGAUUCAUGGAGGAGGUUUUGCUUUCGGUGCGUCGCAACUAUACAAUGGCUCGGUGAUCGUCGAGCAAAGCGUUCAUCUGAAUGAAUCUAUCAUCUACGUCUCCUUCAAUUACCGUCUAAAUGCUUUUGGUUUCCUCGCUGCUCCUCAACUGGCACACGCUUCUACCGGAACACUCAAUGCCGGCUUGCAUGAUAUGAUUGGCGCAUUGAAAUGGGUACAGGAGAAUAUUGCUGCUUUUGGAGGAAACAAAGACCGAGUGACAGUGUUUGGUCAGUCGGCAGGUGCAGUUGGGAUUGGAUCUCUCCUUGUCGCUGGAGGUGGGCAUUAUGUGAAACAGCACAAUCUAUUCCAUGGCGCCAUUAUGGAGAGUGGAGCUCCAGGAAGUGCCCCCGUUCUUACUGUGUCCGAUGUCCUGCCCUGGACCGAUAUAUUUGCUGCAGCGGCAGGCUGUCUUUCCUCAGAUCCCUCGAUCAUAUCAUGUCUUCGUUCGAAACCUUCCGAGGUGCUUUACCAUGCUUCACUCGUGACGUUAAAUACGACAGACCCCGCAUUUAUUUUCAACCAUGUGGUGGAUGGGUUCUUUUUCGAGGAGGAGAAACGUGCCGCGGAAGAAGUAAGAAGGGGAAAUGUAGCAGAUGUCCCUAUCAUCACGGGGUGCAAUCUCGACGAAGGGACGUUGUUCGUACCCCACACGUUCAACACUACGGACGAAAUAGUGAAUUAUUUCCGAGGUUCGUGUUCCUUGACCAUUUCCUGCAAUUCUUCCCAACAAAGGAGGCUUUUCAAGGGCCUUCUGGGGCUAUACCCCGAUAUUCCCGCAAUCGGAAGUCCCUAUGAUCCUGUCGGGGUAAGUAAAGACGAUCGGUUCUUUGGGCCCAAUAAUCAAUACAAGAGAGCCGCGAGUUUAUUUGGGGAUGUCGUCUUCCACAGCGGUGCGUGA